GAUCCUAUGUUCAUAGAUUAACCCUGAUCCUAUGUUCAUAGAUUAACCCUGAUCCUAUGUUCAUAGAUAACCCUGAUCCUAUGUUCAUAGAUAACCCUGAUCCUAUGUUCAUAGAUGCGCAUUACAAAACAUAACCCAAUCUACACCGGUCAUACGGCUCCUUCGGAAAGUAUUCGCACCCCAGUCUGAAUUUAUUACUGGUCUGGAUCUUGUAGUGAAAGCCCAGAUGAUAUAAAAAGAUUGAUACAUUUCAAAUAUGCUUUCAAGAAAACAUAUUGCAUUUCUGCGAUAGUGUUUCUUGUCAGUUCUGACCUAAUGCUGCUCAUUGACGAUAGUGAUUUAAUCUUGUAUAUGGUAAUGAUAUUCAGUCGACUCCUGAUUUUAAUAAUUGAUUCUCCCAGGAUAUCCUAUACUUAUGAUAACCACCUUUUGUCUACAUGUAGUCAUCGUUUCCCUUUACUACUGCUCUGUAGAGUGUCUUGCACAGUAAACCUCCAUCCAGCUGGGGGCGCUGCUCACCCUCACUAGAACCAUUGCGUUUUAUAAAAUGAUUUCACUACAACACGGAAGUAGGAUUGGAGACGAGUUUGUUGGUUUUUGCAUUCCUUUUGUGGAGUAAAGAACGACAUAUUGACUGAACUAAAUAGGCGACCCAGAUCUAAGUCGACUGAAAAUGUCUAAACUACAGUUGUUGAGUGUGUUUUUAAAUGAUCGUUUAACGGCGGCUGAUGUGGAGAUUUUCGGGGCAGUUGAGAAAACGGUAAUGGAGUACCAGGAGGAGAAUGAUCGGCUACGGAGACUGCUGCGGAUCACACCGGAGAUAAAACUAUGUAGAAUAGACUCCCUGCAGCUCUCUGUCUCUGAAGAGGAGGUUCCCCCUGAGCAGCAGCACUGUGAGCAGGAGUGGAGCCCCAGUCUGGGACAGGAGGACCCAGAGACCAUACAGAUUAAAGAGGAACAGGAGGAAGUCAGGACCAGUCAGCAGGAAGAGCAGCUUCAAGGGCUCGUUGAUACCAAAGACUCCAUAUCCACUCCUUCCUGUGUGAAAAGUGAAUGUGAUCAGCAGGACCCAUGUCAAGAAGCCGUACGAGCUGAAUACCCAACUCUCAGUCCACUGAAAACAUCUAAACUACAGUUGUUCUGUGUGUUUUUAAAUGAAUGUUUAACGGCAUCUGCUGCUGUGGAGAUUUUUGGUGCGGUUGAGGAAACUGUAGCAGAGUACCAGGACGAGAAUGAUCUGCUACGGAGACUGCUGCGGAUCACACCAGAGAUAAAACUAUGUAGAAUAGACUCCCUGCAGCUCUCUGUCUCUGAAGAGGAGGUUCCCCCUGAGCAGCAGCACUGUGAGCAGGAGUGGAGCCCCAGUCUGAGGCAGAAGGACCCAGAGACCAUACAGAUUAAAGAGGAACAGGAGGAAGUCAGGACCAGUCAGAAGGAAGAGCAGCUUCAAGGGCGCUUUGAUACCAAAGACUCCAUAUCCACUCCUUCCUGUUUGAAAAGUUCAAUCCCACCAUUGGAUCCGAACACGUCAAUGGGGAAACAGUGUUGCCAUGACUGUGGUGAAACUUUUGCUCUGAAAGCUGAUCUGCAGAAGCAUGUGACUCUCACCAAGAAGAGACCCAGUGAAUGUGUCUUCUGCAAAAAACGCUACAACUCCACCUGUAAACUAAAGGCCCAUGUCCGACUCUGUCACGGUGUGAAACCUUUCACCUGCCCUGUUUGUGGCAAGACCUUCAAACUAAAGAAAUAUCUGUCCAGACACAUCAGGAUGCACACAGGAGAGAAAUCAUUUAUCUGCGGUGACUGUGGGAAGAGCUUCUACCGCAAGGAGAACCUAACUAUGCAUUUACGGAUUCACACAGGGGAGAAACUCUUCAUCUGUGGUGACUGCGGGAAGAGCUUCAGUAUCAAGAAUAACCUAAACAUGCAUAAACUGAUUCACACAGGAGAGAAACCAUUUAGUUGUGGUUACUGUGGGAAGAGCUUCAGUCAGAAGGGGGACCUAGGGAGGCAUAUAUUGAUUCACACAGGAGAGAAACCGUUUAGCUGUGACGACUGUGAUAAAAGUUUCAGACACAAGGGGUCCCUAACCAAACAUAUAUGGACUCACACAGGAGAUAAAUCAUUUAGCUGUGGUGACUGUGGGAAAAACUUUUAUCGUAAGGAACACUUAACCGUGCAUCUGCUGACUCACACAGGAGAGAAACCAUUUAUUUGUGGUGACUGUGGGAAGAGCUUCAAUCAGAAGGGGUCCCUUAAGGCACAUAUACUGAUUCACACAGGAGAGAAACUCUUUAUCUGUGGUGACUGUGGGAAAAGCUUCAGUCUGAAGAAGCACUUAACUGUGCACAUACUGACUCAUACAGGAGAGAAAGCAUUUAGCUGUGGUGACUGUGGGAAAAACUUCGCUCAGAAGGCCCACCUAAAUAAUCAUAUACGUACUCACACAGGAGAGAAACCAUUUAGCUGCUCUGACUGCGGGAAAAGCUUUAGUCAAAAGGGUGUCCUAGGGAGACACAUACUGACUCACACAGGAGAGAAAUCAUUUAGCUGUAGUGACUGUGGGAAAAGCUUCAGUCUGAAGGACCACCUAAAUAAGCAUAUACUGACUCACACAGGAGAGAAACCAUUUAGCUGUUGUUACUGCGGGAAAAGCUUCAGUCAGAAGGGGGUCCUUGGGAGACACAUACGGACUCACACAGGAGAGAAACCUUUUAGCUGUUGUUACUGUGGGAAAAGUUUCGGUCAGAAGGUGGUCCUAGGGAGACACAUACAGACUCACACAGGAGAGAAACAAUUUAGCUGUGGCGACUGUGGGAAAAUAUUUAGUGUCAAGAGGAACCUAAUCAAACACAAACUGAUUCACAGAGGAGAGAAACAACAUGGCUGCUCAGUCUGUGAUAAAAUAUUCACUCAGAAGACUAAUCUGUUGAGGCAUGUCAAAAACAACCACAAAGAAAGUAAAUGAGGACACAGAGAGGGGACUAAGAGAGUAUUGAGAUACACCUGUGGACCAACUCUAGCUGGUCCUCCUGAUC